CUCUCCUCCCCACCUCACGGCUGGGACCCCGAGUUUACCCCAUACCAAUCCCCUCCCGGACCUCGUGGGUUCCAGAACGCAGCCAGCUCCAUUCACACCCUCCUGUCUUGCUUCCUCCUCCUUCACAAGGUGCUUCUUCUCAGGGGAGCGCUGGAGCGAUCAGGAGAAAGAGGGGAGGAUGGAUCGGUACGAGGUGGUGAGGGACAUCGGGUCCGGCAACUUCGGGGUGGCCAAGCUGGUGCGGGACGUCAGGACCAAGGAGCACUUCGCCGUCAAGUUCAUCGAGCGAGGCCACAAGAUUGAUGAACAUGUUCAAAGGGAGAUUAUGAACCACCGGUCACUGAAGCAUCCAAAUAUUAUUCGAUUCAAGGAGGUCGUGCUAACUCCGACACAUUUGGCAAUAGUUAUGGAAUAUGCCUCUGGCGGCGAGCUAUUUCAAAGGAUUUGCAACGCAGGGAGAUUUAGCGAGGAUGAGGGAAGAUUCUUCUUCCAACAAUUGAUUUCUGGAGUGAGCUAUUGUCACUCUAUGCAAGUAUGUCAUAGAGAUUUGAAACUAGAAAACACUCUAUUGGAUGGUAGUGUCGCACCUCGACUCAAGAUUUGUGACUUCGGUUACUCCAAGUCUUCUGUCUUGCACUCUCAACCGAAGUCAACUGUCGGCACGCCGGCAUACAUCGCCCCGGAGGUCCUCUCUAGAAGAGAGUAUGAUGGAAAGGUCGCCGAUGUUUGGUCUUGUGGAGUAACGCUCUAUGUGAUGCUUGUGGGGGCAUAUCCUUUCGAGGACCCUGAUGAGCCAAGGAACUUCCGCAAAACUAUCACCAGGAUACUCAGCGUACAGUACUCCGUUCCGGACUACGUUCGAGUCUCGAUGGAUUGCAUACAUCUGUUGUCCCGCAUCUUCGUUGGAAAUCCUCAGCAGCGAAUAACCAUCCCGGAGAUCAAGAACCAUCCAUGGUUCCUCAAGAGAUUGCCCGUUGAGAUGACCGAUGAGUACCAAAGGAGCAUGCAUCUGGCAGACAUGAACACGCCGUCACAGAGUCUGGAAGAAGCCAUGGCGAUCAUCCAGGAGGCGCAGAAACCUGGCGAUAACGCCCUAGGGAUUGCCGGGCAGGUUGCCUGCCUGGGGAGCAUGGAUCUAGACGACAUCGAUUUCGAUAUCGACGACAUUGAUGUUGAGAGCAGCGGGGAUUUCGUGUGCCCGUUGUGACGCUCAUGAGUGGUUCGAAAGUUCUCUUGAUGGUUUACGUGUGGAUGUGUUCCUGUUUGUCAUGCUUCCAUUUAGAUUUUGUUCUGGAUCACAAAUUCUCUGUAGCCCACAGAUUGGCCUUGCUGUGUAAACAGUGUAAGAUAAGUCUACAUGCUUUUUUUUUGGAAAAGGAGAGGAUGACCCUCGGCCUCUGCAUUUGGGAACAAAUGCAUGCGGCCAUUUUAUUGAUUA